GAAAGAGUGAGAAAAUGGAUGUCGCUGAUCAAACUCAACAAACUAAUCAAGUUAAAGAUCAAGUUGGUGAACGUUGUCAGAAAUUAUUCCAAGAUUUCCUGGAAGAGUAUGCUCAAGAUGGAGAGAGUAAAUAUUUGAGUGAAGUACAAGAAUUAAUCCGACCAGAAAGAAAUACUUUAACAGUAGAUUUUGAAGAUGUUGAGAGGUAUAAUCAACAACUGGCCACCACCAUCCUGGAGGAAUAUUACAGGGUUUACCCAUUCAUUUGUCGAGCAGUUAGAAAUUAUGCUAAAGAUUGGGGUCAAAUUCCUCCCCUUAAGGAGUUUUAUGUCAGUUUUACUGAAGUUCCAACCAGAUUAAAAGUACGAGAAAUGACAACAGCUAAGAUUGGUACAUUGUUACGUAUAACUGGUCAGGUAGUUCGUACACAUCCUGUACAUCCUGAAUUAGUCAGUGGUACAUUUAUAUGUCUAGAUUGUCGUACAGUCAUGAAGGAUGUAGAACAACAGUUUAAGUAUACACAGCCUACUAUUUGCCGUAAUCCAGUUUGUAACAAUCGACAGAGGUUUAUGUUAGAUGUAAAUAAGUCACGUUUUGUCGAUUUUCAAAAAGUUCGAAUUCAGGAAACCCAAGCUGAAUUACCACGAGGCAGUAUUCCUAGAAGUGUAGAAAUAGUCUUAAGAGCAGAAGCUGUCGAGACUGCUCAGGCUGGUGAUAAAAGUGAUUUUACUGGAACAUUAAUAGUGGUACCAGACGUCAGUACUAUAGCAACACCAGGUCAAGGUCGUGUGGAAACUGGUGCUAAAGUUCAUGGUCAACAAGGCAAUGAAAUGGAAGGUGUUCGAGGGUUAAAGGCUCUGGGUGUAAGGGACUUAACUUACAGACUGGCUUUCUUAGCCUGUACAGUUUCCUCCAGUAAUCCUAGGUUUGGUGGCAGAGAUUAUAAGGAAGAAGAAAUGACAGCAGAAACUAUUAAGAAACAAAUGACAGAUGAAGAGUGGCAGAAAGUCUAUGAAAUGAGUCAUGAUAAAAAUUUAUACCAUAAUUUAUGUUCCAGUUUGUUCCCUACUAUUCAUGGUAAUGAUGAAGUGAAACGUGGUAUACUGUUGAUGUUAUUUGGUGGUGUUCCUAAAACAACUGGUGAAGGAACCAAACUGCGUGGAGAUUUAAAUGUUUGUGUUGUUGGUGAUCCUAGUACAGCAAAAAGUCAAUUUCUUAAACAGGUAGAAGAAUUCUCGCCAAGAGCUGUAUACACCAGUGGUAAAGCUAGUAGUGCAGCAGGUUUAACAGCAGCUGUAGUCCGAGAUGAGGAGAGUCAUGAGUUUGUCAUAGAAGCUGGAGCGUUGAUGCUGGCUGAUAAUGGUGUCUGCUGUAUUGAUGAGUUUGAUAAAAUGGAUCCUAAAGAUCAAGUUGCUAUUCACGAAGCUAUGGAACAACAAACUAUUUCAGUUACUAAAGCAGGUGUCAGGGCUACUCUAAAUGCUAGAACAUCAAUCUUGGCAGCAGCCAACCCUAUUGGUGGAAGAUAUGACAGAACUAAAUCAUUAAAACAGAAUAUUUCUCUCACAGCACCUAUUAUGUCUCGAUUUGAUCUCUUCUUUGUGUUGGUGGAUGAAUGCAAUGAGGUAACAGAUUAUGCUAUAGCUAGAAGAAUUGUAGAGUUACACAGUAGAAAUGAAGAAUCAUAUGAAAGAACAUACAGUGUAGAAGAUAUUACUAGAUAUAUUUUAUUUGCUAGACAGUUUAAACCACAGAUAACAAAAGAAGCUAAAGAAUACAUGGUAGAUGAGUAUAAGAGAUUGAGACAAAGAGAUGGAACUGGAGCUGCUAAGUCAGCCUGGAGAAUCACUGUCAGACAGUUAGAGAGUAUGAUCAGAUUAUCAGAGUCUAUGGCUAGAAUGCAUUGUCAGGAUGAGGUUCAACCGAAACAUGUAAAAGAAGCAUUCCGAUUGUUAAAUAAAUCUAUUAUAAGAGUUGAACAACCUGAUAUUCAUUUAGAAGAAGAAGAAAAUAAUAAUGAACAGAUGGACGUUGAAGAUUCUGAAACACCAGCCAGUCAAACACAACCAUCACAAGAUUCUCCUGAACAGACAGAAUCUAUAACAGCUGCUGCUAAGAAAGGGUUAAAAUUAACAUAUGAAGAAUAUAAACACAUGGCUAAUCUACUGGUUGUUUAUAUGAGACGACAAGAAGAAGAGGUUGAGGAUGAGGAUUCACUUGGAUUAAGAAAGAGUGAUUUGAUUGGAUGGUAUUUACGUGAAAUAGAGGGUGAAAUAGAAUCUGAAAAUGAACUGGUAGAAAGAAAAACUAUUGUAGAAAAAGUCAUUGAUAGAUUAAUACAACAUGAUCAUGUAUUAAUAGAGUUAAAACAAACAGGAUUAAAGAAGAGUAAACAUGGUGAAGAGUCAUUAGUGAGAGAAGAUGAUCCUAUUUUAGUUGUUCAUCCUAAUUAUGCUGCUGAUGUAUAGUCCUCUAGAGUCUCAUUUAGUAUUCCAGAAGUUGGUGUCAUCCAAUCUUGUGAUCAGAAACUUUAAUCAUGAAACGUGAAUUAUCUCAUUGUGCUAUGAAGAUAAAGAAGGUGCUAUGGAUAUUAUAUUCGUAAAUGAUGUUUUGCUGCAGUUCAAUCACAAGAUAUAUCUUUUCAUUCUGGUUAUAGUUAUCCAGUGUUCUUAUUUUUUAAAAUUUAUAUUUACCAGAUCCUUUUUUGCAAGCAAUUCUUCAGGUGAAUAUGUGGGAAAUGUUAAAUCAUGAAUUUUUUUAAAAGUUUCUUGUGAGUAGAGACUGGAUUUGUUAAAUGUUUUGUUUGUCCAAUAUUAUUGUAUAUUUUGUAUAAAAUACUAUCAUGUAUAAUUUCACUGCCAUUAAAAAACACUUAUUCUGAA